AUAUGGAAGAUCCAGAGAAGAACAUACCAGUUUUAUGCUUAGGGCCAAAAGGGUCUGGGAAAACUACGCUAUUAAAGAAACUCCAAGAUGCGGAAGGCAUAGACUACACGUAUAGUCCCGUGCCCACGAUUGGAACAAAUAUUUAUGACGUUUAUUAUUUAAAUAAAAAUGGUAAAAAGCAAUCGUUUUCGAUUCGUGAAGUUGGGGGAGAAAUGGCUCCACUGUGGAGUAAUUACUUUGAUGGAAUUGAAAAAGUAAUAUUUGUUGUGGAUACUUCUAACUUAUGCCAAAUAUCUGCAGCAGCUGUAAUGCUCUAUACAUUGCUGGCCGAACCAAAGUUAAAAAGCGCAAAGUUUAUUCUAGUGUUAAGUAAAAUGGACGCUGCGUACAGACAGAUGCGAAAUGAGGCGCUUCUAAUGCUACAAUAUGCUCGACUUUGUUCGGAACUACAAAAUAAGCCAAUUUUACUCGAAGCCUCGCCUCUAACGGGCGAAGGAUUGGACACACUACGUACACACCUCGCUGAAACGAAACGCUACACAAAAACGGCUAAUUAAAAUCAUACUUUUGCUAAA